UGGUAAGUAAACUUGUGUGGGAAAAAAAAAAGAGUAAGUUUCAUGCAACUUCAGCUAUAUUUACCCCUAGAGAUAUUGCUGCAGCUAUACAGAGGAAGGCCACAUACAAUUUUGACAAACUGCUGUAUGUGGUGGACAAUAGCCAGAGUGACCACUUUUCUGCACUAUUUAGCAUUCUAAAACUGUUGGACUACAAAUGGUUUAGUACUUUACGACACAUAAAAUUUGGUCGUGUUCUGGGCAUGAGUUCCAGAAGAGGAGACAUGGUUUUUCUCAGUGAUAUCUUGGAUGAAGCUAAGCAUCGUGCUCUGGAAAAAAUUCGGUCUUCUCCAACCACAAAAGUUACAAAAGAGAUGGAAGAGGUGGCAGAUGUCUUAGGAGUCUCAGCAGUUCUGAUAAACGACAUGAAGAGCAGGCGACGGAAUGAUUACACUUUCAAGUGGGAACGUGCAGUUCAGGAUAAAGGAGAUUCUGGGAUUGUGCUUCAAUACAGUCAUGCACGACUAGCUAAUCUUCAAAGAAACUGUGGUGUGACCCUUGAUCUCAACUGUGACCUAUCUGCUUUACUAGAACCUGAGGCUCUGUAUUUAGUGCAACAUCUUGCCAAAUUUGACGGAGCGAUACUUGAAGCUUAUGAAAGUCUGGAACCAUGUGUCCUUGUCCAAUACUUGUUCUCCCUCAGUCAUUUAGUUGGCCGUGCAAACAAAGUUCUUGUAGUGAAGAAUCAAGACAAGGCUGUUGCUCAGGCUCGACUCUUGCUUUUUCACUGUGCCAAGAAUAUUCUAAGCUGUGGAAUGAAGAUUCUUAGUUUGAAGCCCUUGGAGAGGAUGUAACUGAAUGCUUACAUAAAUAUAUAAUUGAGUUACAAGAAAAAUUUUUUCAGUUUGUACUACAGAAUAAAGGUAUUCUCUCUCUAAAA